UUAAAAUGUGUGGGAUGGAAACACUAUGCUUAUGCAUAGUGUUAUGAGUCUUAUAUCCUUGAUUUUCACUAUUCAUAAGGAAUUUUCCCUACAUCCCUUCCCUUUGUUUGCUCUAUGCUAUUUGCUAAGCCACCCAAGGUUCAAACCUUGAUUCAAGCAUUUUCCCAAAUUCCUUUUCCUUUCUUUAUUUUUCCUUCUUUAUUUCCUGCUUUCUUAAUUUACUGGCGGUUCUCUUUUCUUUCUGUUUCUUCCUUCCAUUUUUCUCUCCUCUGUUUCCCCUUUUGCCUCACCUUCUCCGCCUGUGUCUCCUUCUUCGCUUUGCUCCCUUUGAUCCAGCUUGUUGCUUCUUCGCAGUUCGUCUUAUCUUGUGCGGCGGCGCUAUUCUUCUACGACGAUCGGAACUCUUCCAGCCUGUGGGAAGCAUUGAAUUCAUUACCUGACGCAAUUGAAUUGGUUAGUUAGGCAAACCUUCAUUCCUAGAUGAUCAUUCGAUUGGUAAAUAGUUCAUUGCUUCCCACAUGCUUGAAAUCUUUCCGCCUUUGGUUACUGGUUAGGAUGGUGGUUUGAUUAACAACUUGAUAGGUUGUUAACAGGCAGGACAGGUGUUGCAAGCAUCAUUGCUCGGUUUGGUUCCGAGUGUUUCCGGCUAUCCUUGCUUUGCCUCUUGAGUGCGUUAGAUUAAACAGCUGAUGGUUUGUGCAGGGAACUGAACAUUUGGAAAUAGGUAGCGUGCCAACUUAUGUGAUGAAUCAAUUCUUGAGUAGUUCGUAUGUAAGCCGUCCAAGAUGCAGCAAGCGCAUGAGGAGUGUGCAGGCCAUGGCUGAGCCUACAGGUUCAUGCAGAUCAAGAAAUUUUUGGUGUUCAUAUAUGCCAAGUGAGGGCUCUGAUAGCUCAUACAACCUCAUAUUAUUCUUUCUGUAUGAGCGAGGUUCAUGACGUAUCCCCUCAUUUUGCCCACAGUUCCAAUGGUGUAUGCAUAAUUUAGUGCGAUCAAGUUGAAAUAAAAAACCAGCAGACCACAGUACAUGGUCAUACCCAUUAGAGAGGUUUUCCUUCCCUCUAUAUAUGAAGAUGUAGCACCCUCUAUUCAGUCCCAAUCUUUUACAACCUAAGCAGAAUUUUACAGCUUCCUCUCCACAAUCAGAAUCUGCAGUUUGUCAGAAAUGAAGCCUGAACGCGUGUAUCUGGAUCAGCUAACCGAAAAAAGCAAGGGCUACAAGGUUAAGGUCAAGGUCGUAGAGAAAGGACCGGAAAGGAACUCUCCUUCAAAGGGAAUCCUAUUCCAAGGACUUGUGAUGGAAGAUGACAAGGGAAAUCGAAUGCGUGCUGCACUUUUUGGAAAUCAAAUUGAUGUCUACAAGGAAGCUAUUGAACACUUAGGGAGUUAUGAGAUAGCUAAUGCUACGAUUAAAGCCAGCGAUGAAUAUUGGAAAGCCAAAGACGCGAAAUACGGUCUGCUUGGAUACCAGAUGAGCUUUGGCUCACAGGCGGUAAUCCAACGAAUGAAUGCUGAGUCAGGGCCAGUAUUACCGGAAUACCAAUGCCUAGCCACCAUCCCAAGAGUGUAUGAUCCAACUGACAGAUUUGAUAUUGUUGCUGUUGUUCUAUACCUCGAAGAAGAAGCACGGAAAGUCACUGGAUUUGAACAACGCGAAUACUUAGUUCGUGAAAUUGUGGUGACAGACCAUAGCAAUGAGCAGCCAAUCACAAUUACUGUUUGGAACGAGCUGACUGGAGAACAUUGCAAACCGCUCUCCUCAUGGGCAGAACAGUUCACUGUUUUUGGAUUCACGGCUUUGAGAGGCAGCUUUCAUAAAGGAUUUUCCCUUGGUUCCACCAUGUCUACUAGAAUCAUUACUGAUCCAAAAGGAGAAAGAGCAGACGCAUUGAGGGAAUGGGUCAAAAAUCGCACCGACUGGCUGAGUGACAGGCAAGCAAGGGUAUUGGAUGUCAGGAACCCUACGAAAGAGAAGGUGAUCAUCACACUGGACUCCCUGAAGCUGAAAAGGCCUUACAACACCUUGCAAGAGCAACGCCAUUGGCUCAGGGUUACAAUACCCAACCCUCAAAUGAGCACGAUCAAUGCAUACCUGGGGUGCUCUGCUUGUGGACGGCGUGGAGACAUUCCAGCAGGGACAUCCUACACUUGCACCAGAUGUAAGGCAGAUACCGUGUCUACUCCAAAGAUUACCUACAAUUUCGUGGCAUCUGAUGGGACUGGCACAAUGGAAUGCACCUCGUUCACUGAAGAUUCUGAAAAGUUGUUCAGGAUGACGGCUGCAGACACGUUCAGGAUGAAGCACAGCAAUGAUGCAGCGACCUUUGAACAGCUCCAGGAAAUGCUCAAGUCCAACCACUUUCUGCUGGAAAUCGGUCCAACAAUGGGCCUUUCAAAGAACGGCGUGCUUGAAUGGUGCUUGAAAUCGAUUGAUUUGGAAUCUGGGGAGGCCCAAGCAGAAAAUGUUGAGCAUCACUUUGCUGAUCAGCAGGCUGAACAGGGUCCGAGUGCCAGCCAGGUGCUUGCACAAGCAACAAUUGCUAGGCAGCAGCUUGAACAACCAACACUUCGUAGGAAGAACCCUGAGCAAGCAAUGGUUACUGGGAAGCAGCCAGAGCAAGGAGCCAUUCCUCAAAAGAAACUGAAGCAGCAGCUUGAACAACCAACACUUCGUAGGAAGAACCCUGAGCAAGCAAUGGUUACUGGGAAGCAGCCAGAGCAAGGAGCCAUUCCUCAAAAGAAACUGAAGCAGGAAUUCAUAGCUGAGCUCCAUGCUGCACAGGGGAGUAUUGCAAGACAAUCAGACGAAGAGGAGGAUGACUCCUCUGGUAAGUAAUUCAAGUGCAUCAUUAGUUGUCCCUUUUGCUUAGGAUGAAGAAGCCAGAUCCUCUGGUAUGUAAUUCAAGUCAAUCAGUCAUCCACCCUUUUGCUUAGCUAAGAUUAAUGUCUUGUAAAAUAAUUAGUAUUGUAGUUGAUCUACCUUGGAAACUUGUAAGAUAUAGGUAGUCUCUACUUAGCCUGGAAUCAACGAGUCCUACACUUCAUGCCAACAGAAAUAGCUUCUGUUGCGAUCGUAUAGAAGGUGGGAAUGAAGCCUCACUAUCUAGAACCCCUUACAUAUUUUGUAAUAUAAACAUAAGAACUCUUGUUCUAUUCUAACUCGGGCACUAUGCCGAGUACCUUAUAUUCUAAUUUGCACGAGUGCUUUGUAUC